CGGGCCUGGUUUCAGAUGUUUCUACACGAAAAAGAGACAUAUAAGGUCCAGGAUAUUAAUAUCCAUAAUAUGGAUGAACAUGGCCUAUCUAUAGGCAAGAUCAACCCCCGAAAAGUUGUAGGAGCAGCCUUUGAUGCCUUUGGCAAGCUCAGAAAGAGAACUAAGAUGCGCAACUCACAGGAUCGCGAAUGGGUCUCAAUUAUAGAGUGUAUCUCUGGAUCUGAGACUUCUAUACAGCCACUAAUUAUUUUUGAAGGUAUCAAUGUCAAUAUUGACUGGACACCUGAUGAUCCACCUCCAUAUAAGUACACAGCUGAUCCUACUGCAUGGAUCACCGAAGAUAUCGCUAUUUGGUGGUUAAAUGAGAUUUUUAAUCCCCAAACGAAGCCUCGUGGUAGUGCAUACCGGAUUCUACUAUUUGACAACCACUCAACACACCUCACUGAGAAAUUUGAGGGUAUCUGCCGUAGGGAAAAGAUCAUAACUAUUCCUCUACCUUCUCAUACAUCAGAUGUGUUACAACCUCUGGAUUUGAUCAUGUUCUCACCAAUUAAAGGAAAAUACAAGGAUAAACUAUACAAGCUCUGUGAAUUGAGUGAUGGCGACAACACUAAGAAGAAAGACUUCUGCCACCUAUACUAUGAGGCUCGUCAAGAGACAUUCAAGCCAUCUAACAUCAGAUCUGCUUUUAAAAAGGCUGGUCUCAUCCCAUGGGAUCCGGACUCAGUCAUCGUACGCCCAGAUAUC